GGAAGACUCUGACAACGAAAAGCCUACUAGACGUUCAGGCAGAAGAAAGAUCAAGAUUGAGUAUAUUGAAGACAAGAACCGUAGACAUAUUACUUUCUCUAAGCGUAAGGCUGGUAUUAUGAAGAAGGUAAAAAAAAUAAAAUUAAAGAAGAAAUUGUUACUUAUCCAUGUACAUAGGCUUACGAGCUCAGUACGUUGACAGGAACACAAGUCUUGUUGCUUGUUGUAUCAGAGACAGGAUUGGUCUAUACUUUUACAACUGUCAAGUUGCAACCUAUUGUCACUAAGCCUGAAGGAAAGAAUCUUAUCCAAGCUUGUUUAAAUGCACCAGACCCAAUGUCUGCUGAACAAGUAAGUCCGUUUGUUAAAGCAUAAUUGUUGUUUAACUUUGUUUAGGGUGGAGACGCGUCAUAUAGUAGCACAUCACCUCAAAUUGACGAUAAAAAGGCUGUUUAUGAUGACAACAAGUCUGAACCUUCUUCUACUACGGCUACCACAACUGUCCCUCCCCCUCCCCCUCCUUCUUCCUCUUCUCAACAACAACAACAACAACAACAACAACAGCAACAGCAACAACAGCAACCUCCUCCUCCUACUCAACCACCUCAACAAGUUCCUAACCCUACAUACAGUAGUGGUGGUAAUGGAUCAAGCUAUCAACCACAACAACCUUAUGGUCAACAAGGUCCUUCUGCUGGCAACAAUGGUAGUGCUUAUAGCGGUCACCCAGGUUACAUGAGUGCACCUGGACAAAGUAGCUAUCAACCAUCACAACCUCCUCAACCAGCAGGAACUUAUGGUCAAAUGCCUCCACCUGCUUUUUACGGUAACCAACAACAGCAUUACAUGCCUCAUCAACAACCUCAUGGUUACUGGCAACAGCAACAGCAACAGCAAACAAACCCUCCUUUACCAAGACAGGAUCAAUCACCCAUGAUGGAUGAAAAAGUCAGGAGAGGUAUCAAAAAAUAAUUUAACAAUGUUUACAUAUUUGAUUCCCUUUUAUAUCCUUAUGAUGAUAACACAUUAAAAAAGUACAAAACGGAAAAAAAGAU